AUGGCAUCCAGGGAGGCCGACACUGCCGUAGAUGCAGGCAGUACAUCAUCUUCUCCUGAAGAAGCAGAGUCCUCUGCUCGGUCGCGCUGCACUGCAGAAGAAGCAGCAACUGGGGAUAAUUCACGACUGCCCCGAAGCUUGUUUCGGUCGGGGAUCCGUUCUCUCCACUCCUUGAGGCGUCUGAAGGACCUAGAAGAUGCCGAUGCAACUCUAGGUGCUACGGAGGAGACGGCUUCAUCUAGCCGUCCUCCUCCCCCCGAGGCCACCUCUACAGGUCCACAGGAAGCCACAGGGGAUAAGGAAGGAGAUACCGACAGCGAGGAUGACACCUUGGAGGUUGUGAGGAGCAUGAAGGACCUGCAGCGCAUGCGGGGGGGUCGGAGAAAGGGUCUAGACGCUCGCUUGGCCCUAGAGGAAAAGGCUCAGGGAGAAGGUGAAGAAGAGGCAGAAGACGCCGGGGGCCUCCUCGAAAAGAACUUCGCCGCAGGAGGCCCUGGAUCCGUGACCGAUAAACACCUAGAAGAGUUUUUGCGCGAGCGUAUGAAGGACAAACAACACGAAACCCGCGAGCAAAAGGCCCUGAGGGAGCACGAUAUGAUAGACAGGAUGAGGGAUUUGUAUGCUAUUCCCGACCACUUGAAGGUUGCAGACAAGACGGAGGAGUACAAGGAUCAGAUGAAUUGGGUCACAGGUCUUGUCGAGGUAGAGCUUCCAAUGGAAACGAAGCUGAAAAAUAUUGAGGCGACGGAACGAGCAAAGCGCCAACUGCUGCGGAAGGGACUGCUGGAGGAAGCAGAGGAGAAUCCAGAGGAUCCAGAUGUUGUCCGCAAGACGGCGUUUGGUCAGAGAUACACAUGGUACAUUCCCGACUAUCAGUUUCGCAAAAGAAAUGGGCAACAGGCUCAGAAGGCUCGUGACGGGCACGAGGUCAAGCAGUUUGCCAAGAGGACGAAGCGGAUGAACGAAGGCAGAGGCAGAGUGGGCGUUGCGCCAAUGUAA